AUGGGCAGCAUUACCUCGCUCUUGUCGCCCGAGUCCAUCUCCACCUUGCCCCAGCGAUUGCGGCUGGCCAGCAUCCAGCGGGACGAUUCCGAUGUGUGCCUCAAGGUCCUCCUGCAGCGAGCCUUCUAUCCACAGCGCCUGCUGUCGGGCGGCAUCACGCAGGAGGGCAUCAAUGUCAUCUACUUCAGCACCUUCAACACCGAUUUGCUGCUCGUAGACGAGGCGAAGCUGGACAGGGCGCUCACUCUGCUCAAGAAGACGCUGGCCGACUUCAAUUCGGGGGCCAAGCAGAAGCCCACUCCGCCCACCCGCGGCGAAAGCGGUCGACACCCGGUGUCCCCGCCCGGAUCGUCAGUCUCCAAACAGAUGCUCCUCUCGCCUCUCCCCAAGCAUCUCUCCCUCGCCUGCAUGGCCACCAGCAGCAUUCCCAGCUGCACACACCAGCUCCUGAAGGCUUUCUUAAGCAAAACGCCAUUCUUCUCCUUCACCGUUUCCGGCGACGAGCUGUCUCUCAUUCUGGACGACGAGCUCAUGGCCGACUUCCCGGAAGACGUGCUCGCCGUCCACUCGUCCCAGUGGAAGUCGGUCCAAGUCGAUUUCGGCUCUCUUGGCUUCACGGACAUGGGCGUGGUGAGUCUGCUGGCCGACAUUUUGGCACAGGAGGGCAUCAGCAUCUACUACCUAUCCACCUUCAGCACCGACUUUAUCCUCGUGGAGCAAACGAUCAGCGUGGUGAGCCGACGACUGGCCCAGAUGGAAAGGGCCAUGUGA